AUGAAAAAAAUCUCAUUAAAAUUACACUUUCCAAUGCUAUGCGACUUUUCAGAUGAUGCCGGCUACUUCUUUUGCACCGCCCAUAAUCGAUUCGGCAAAGCACAUGCUCAGGUGGAAUUGGUUGUUGUGGAUCGAGCACAGGUGCGAGUGGAUUCUGUGGAUGUGGGCGCUGCCCCUGAAGACACCAUGAACAUCUCCUGUUCAGUGGAGAUUGACUGUGGGCUAGGAUCCGAGUGUCCAGAGGCGUUUUUCAAGUGGACAUUCGAUAACCGGUCACUACAGUCUCUGCCUGGGAUGCAGUUCAAGACUAAGUUCCGUGAGCACACGCGUCAGUCCAAGCAGGGACGUCAUCUUGUCCAAGAAGUUGAUCUUCAGGUAUCCGCUUCAGGAAAAGCUUCUAGACCACAGAAGAUCGCUUGCUAUUCUCUGUACGGUGAAGAUAGUGUGGAUGUCCAGCCUCGGCCGCCUAUGCCAGCUCCUCUUGCACUGAAAGUUGAACAAGAUCAAGAGAAAGUACGAUUAGCAUGGAGAAAAACGAAUACUCACAGGGAUACGAGAAAUCACGCCGUUAGUGGAGAAAAUGAAGCGUCCGGCGGUUACCUGGUGGAGCUAAGGACGAAGGAAGAUCGUCAAUGGCGACCAGCGCCUCGAGAAGUUGUGGCCGAGAGCGAACCACAAAGUGUGACACUGAGCGAUCUUGUUCCCAACACUUUAUACCAGUUCCGAGUUCGUUCGGUGGACACAUCGACUUUGGGCGAUCCAUCUGCGCCAACUACAUGGGUGAAAACGCCUCCAGCUCCGCCUUCAGAAGGCUGUGGAAAGUCUCAAAUGGAAAGCGCUGGACAACGUUACGAUUCUGGUCGAAUGGGAUCCCGUGGAAACGCAUCCUUCGAAUAUUUACUCCAAUUUCAGGCUCACCAGUCAGGCGAUCAUUUGCGCUACCGUUUAUCCUGGUCGCUCGACAAGGAAGUUGAGCAGGACAACUCAUCCCAGGAACGCAAGUUUCUUGCGCAUCACAUCGACACAAAGACACCGCAGGCAAUCGUUCGUCUGAAUGCUACGGAAGAAUGUCGAAUGUUGGUGUUUUCGGUGAGGCCCGUCAAUGACCAAGGAGUCGGAGCGACCAGUACGGACACGGUGGCGUUUGUGAACAGCAAAGGUGAACCACGACGAGUUUCGUUCACAAACGCCACCGUACUCAACUCAACGCACGCCUCAUUUUCAUGGGAUUGGGAAAAAACGAACGAGUGCGGAAGGGCUCAUGCAGUUCAGCUCACGUGCACUCCACCAGAAGACGAUCCGCUGACAGUAACCAUCUCUGGCGAGUUUUCGGAAUGGACGCUGGGAGGGUUGAGCGCCGACACUAAAUACGAAUGUGUUUUGAGACCUCUAAACGCCGAGGUACAGGACGACUACGGCGAAUACAGCAGCCCUGUGGAAAUCGUUACAAAACACCAACCGCCUUCUGAAGCACCAUCGAUUAGUAAACUAUCGCUCAGGACAACGGAAAGUGAGGCCGGCUACACGACUAUAAUCGAGUGGUCAGCAAUAGCGUUUCCCCAGGGGAAUUUCACGGAUGCCGCCAGUGGAUAUAAAAUUUUUGUAUACGUUUCUGAGACAGCUUCCGAAGCUGUCGUGCUGACGAUGCCAAUCAGUCGCCUAUCGAAUCCGGAUCGACCCAGUGCACGGUUAGACGGUCUUCGUCUGAUGUACAUGUAUACCAUUCAGGUAGCCGGCUACAACUCUGGUGGCACAGGUCCGCUUAGUGCUCCACGUACGAUUCGACUGGGACCACAAUCCUCAAUCGACGAUUCCUCAUCAACCACCGCAGAUCUCCGACUCGGAGCGCUUCUCUUGCUUUCAUUGUUGUUGCUCUGA